CCAAACUCUUCCUUUACUUACAACACUUAAGGCUCUUGUACCGUAUUGUGGCUACGAGAGAAGAGUCAAUUUUCUAUAUUCACAGGUUGUUUUCGUGCCUUUCUAGCUAAAAAUUUCUUAAAAAAUUUCUUUUUUUCUAUAGAAACGCGUUUAAGGUUUUCGAUCUAUUAAGAUAUAUUUUUGGCUCAAUUUAUAUUGUACUUGUUUAUUCUGUAUACCUUUAGAAACAGGAAUUACAGGACCAGGGAUAAUCUGAAUUGGAAUUUAUAAAUUGAAAUUGCUUUGAUUUGGAUUGCUACAAAAAUUCUGAACGAAGAAGAAAUAAAUUUGGAAUAGUGAAAAGCAUUCUUUGAAACAUUAUGUCUGAUGCAUAUGAAGAAGAGCAAGAAUUUUUCGAAGAAGAGGAAGAUUUUGACGAAGAAGCCUUUGAAGGCACAGAUUUAGAGGAAGAGUUCGACGCAGAUAAUGUUGCUAUCGAUGACUAUGGGUUUACGGUGGAAAAAAAGAGACGGAAGGCAUACGACGUAGACUAUAAGGUGGCUAGUCCUACUGAUCUUCAGUCCUGGCAAAAUGAAAAAAUAGAACAAUUGACGUCUAUUAUUGGUUUAACAAGAGAGCAAGCAUUGGGUUUAUAUCGCUAUUUCAAAUGGAAUCGAGAAAAAUUACUAGAAAUGUACGUUGAUGACCCUGAGAAAACCCUUCAUAAAGCUGGUGUUGUGCAGAGUGAUGAGAAAAAACAUGAAGUUGUACAAAAAGAGGGUACGUGUUCAAUUUGUUUCGAUGAUGGUAAACUUCCUUUUUUCAGUGCAGAUUGCGACCACGACUUUUGUUUGUCUUGUUAUCAGCAUUAUCUCGUUUCAAGGAUUCAAGAAGGAGAAACCAUGAUUCAAUGCCCUGAAGAAGGGUGCAGCCAGAUUAUUUCACAACAAUCAAUUCUGAAGCUUUUGGAUGAAAAAUCACGCAUUCAAUAUUGUAGAUUGCUGGAUCGCUCUUUUGUUGACGAUAAUGAUUUGUUUCGUUGGUGUCCAGCACCCGAUUGUCCUUAUGCCAUCGAGUGUCAUGUUGCGCAAAGCAGUUUAAAUACGGUUGUGCCGACAGUAACGUGCCUUUGCGGAAAACAAUUUUGCUUUGGUUGCGGUCGGGAUAAUCAUCAACCUGCAAUAUGCCCACUUGUCAAGGUAUGGUUACAGAAAUGCGAGGACGAUUCUGAGACUGCCAAUUGGAUUCACGCCAACACGAAGGAAUGUCCAAAAUGCUCAACCACAAUAGAAAAAAAUGGUGGAUGUAACCAUAUGACAUGCAAGAAAUGCAAAUAUGAAUAUUGUUGGGUAUGUUUGGGUCCAUGGAGUGAACACGGUACAAAUUGGUAUUCAUGCAACCGCUACGAGGAAAAAAGUGGGUCAAAUGCUAGAGACGCGCAAACUCGUUCUCGGGCAUUCCUUGAAAGAUAUUUGCAUUAUUAUAAUCGAUUUGCAAAUCACGAACAGUCUGCUAAACUUGAUCAUCAGUUAUAUGACCAAACCUAUCACCGCAUGACUCAGAUGCAGGUGGACUCAAAUUUAUCAUGGGUAGAAGUACAAUUUUUAAAGAAUGCUGUGGAUACCUUGUUUGAAUGUCGACAGACCUUGAAGUGGACGUACGCCUUUGCAUAUUAUCUUGUGAGAAACAAUCAAACCGAAAUUUUCGAAGACAAUCAGCGUGACUUAGAGCUUGCUGUAGAAAACUUGAGUGAGCUAUGUGAGAGUCCUGCUUUUGAUAAGACACUGCAAUCCUAUAAGCAAAAGGUUUUGGACCGAACGGUGUAUGUACGAAGUCGCCGAGAUGUAUUGUUGGACGAUACGGCAAGAGGACUGGCAGAAGGCCGAUGGGAAUACGUUGUGGACUUCUAAUGUAUUACCGUAGUAACAAAAAAAAAUAAGAAAGAAUAAUCCCUCUUUUGUAGUUGUUAAUGUUU